AUGCCCUCGGGGGUGAUACACAACAUCGUCGUCAAUGACUUUGCCAUGGCGGAGGUUGAGCUUUGUGCCCGAGUAUUCCGACUCAAUGCAGCAACGGGUCUCUUUGGAAGCGAUAAGGAGGUCUUGGAAUGUUGCAUUGUACUUCUAGACAAGAGAUCUGAAGUCGGGGAUGGGAGAGAGGCCAGGCAUGUGCAGGCAUGCGAAGAAAGAGUCAAUGAAACCGCCAGUGUGAGAGAGGUUGAAUUGAAUCAUCCGCUGUUCGGUCUUCUGAACGUUUCCGUUGUGAGGCUUGAUUUCUCUUCGCGCUUGAUGUCGGCAAAAGAAGUACGGGCUCUGACAAGUUUCUCUCAGACCGCACUGCCAUUUGGACGGGGGUUGACGGUUCGGCAGGUAUAUGAUUGGGGCAGAGUUGCGAAAGAGAGGCGGGCGGCGCAUUGCGGUAUGCCUGAUCCAGAAGUGGUGCUUGGGGGCAGCUUGGGCGACGGCACGCUGGUCGAGCCCGCGACCUCUUUCAAAGCAGGGCUUGGAUAA